AUGGGCCUGAUUCCGACCCUAGUAAAGAGGCCGCCGAAGUACUUACUGGGCUGCAUUUUAUGCUCCUUGAAUGGCCUUCUCUUCGGUAUGGACACCGGCAUCAUCGGUCCUGUUACCGAUAUGACAGACUUCAAGACGCAAUUCGGAGGAAGUCAAAAUUCUACGAUCCAUGGUCUCAUUGUCUCAUGCAUCUUGAUCCCCGCGGCGAUCUCAUCCUUCUUUGCUGGCUAUCUUGCCGAUCGUGUCGGUCGGCCGAAGGGCAUCUGUAUCGGCACUUUUAUUUUCGGUGUCGGAGCCGCUAUCGAAGCGGGUGCUGUGCACCUGGCUAUGUUUAUCGUGGGCCGCAUUGUUGAAGGUGUUGGUGAAGGCCUGUUUCUUGGCAAUUUGGUCGUGCUGAUUUGCGAAAUUUCACCUAUCAAGACGAGAGGUGCCCUUACAACUGGUCCUCAGCUGGCAUGUACCCUCGGCUUAGUGGUAGGGUAUUUCGUCUGUUACGGGUCAUCGGAUAUUCAGUCCUCACUCUCGUGGCGCGUGCCCUGGAUUGUUCUUUCUGCCUUGGCCAUGAUCAUAUGCGGAGUCUCCCUGCUGCUUUUGCCGGAGUCACCUCAAUGGCUUGGCCUUCAGGGUCGUUAUGAAGAGGCAGAAGAGGCGUGGGAAAAGUUAGGGGUCAAUCUUGGGGAUCGUGAAAAGAUUGCGGUCCAAGUUCAGGUGCAGGAGAUUGAUCCUGUAACUGAGAAGGAGACACUCGGAACGACUAGCAAACUUCUGGAGGUAUUUUCCAAAGAAGUUCGAGGCCGGACUGCACUUGGUGUCUUCCUGAUGGGCAUGCAGCAAUUGAGUGGUAUUGAUGGAGUCCUUUACUACGCCCCAGAACUCUUCCAAAAAGCCGGUCUGGCUUCUUCAGAAGCAAGCUUCCUAGCUUCUGGUAUAUCGGCCAUCGUGAUAUUUGCCGUGACAAUCCCUGGCUUACUUUAUGCCGAUGCGUGGGGUCGUAGAAGCAGCAUUCUCAUCGGCGGCGUGGGCAUGGCGAUUUUAAUGUUUUUGAUGGGCGGCUUGUACGCCGGAGAUGCCGUUCAUAAGCACGGCGGCGCUGGUCGCUGGAUCGUGAUUGUCUCCAUUUAUUUGUUUGCGGCUCUAUACUCCGCUACUUGGGGUGUCACUGUCAAAGUCUACAGCGCUGAGAUCCAGCCUCAGCGUACAAGAGCAUCAGCCACCACGCUCUCGCAUUCGAGUAACUGGGUUUGCAACUUUACAGUGGCUUUGAUCACACCCAUUCUACUUUCGAAGAGCAGCUGGGGAGCAUACAUCUUAUUCGGUGGAUGUUGUGUUAUUACUGUUCUUGUCAGCUUUUUCUUCAUGCAUGAAACGCAAGGAAGAACCUUUAUGCAGAUCGAGGAGGCUUUCAAGGGCAAGUCAGCCAAAAAGAACGGUUUAUGGGAACGCGAUAUCAACGAAGCAUAA